AUGGCCGUGAUACCAGGGAAGGGUUUUACCUUUGUCUUCUUUCCGCCCUACUUGCGCCUGCGCCGCCGCCUCCGUCGUUGUAGCAGAAGCAGCGAUCCCCCGUCACCAACAGCCGAAGAAAGCAUGGAUACCCAGGUCAAGCUCGCAGUCGUGGUGAAGGUGAUGGGCCGCACCGGCUCCAGGGGUCAGGUGACCCAGGUCAGGGUGAAGUUCCUGGAUGACCAGAACCGUCUCAUCAUGAGGAACGUCAAGGGCCCUGUUCGUGAGGGCGACAUCCUCACCCUGCUCGAGUCUGAGCGGGAGGCCAGGAGGCUGCGCUGAGCGGCUGCUUUUCCUGUCUUCGGAAGUAAACUCUACUGCAUUUAAAUCAACUUCUUGAAUGCUGGCUUUGUCUUUUGCCUAGGCUAUGGAAAUGUAAGCAGUACUUAAUAUGUUGCAGUUUUCUUCUGUUGCCUGAAUUAAAGUGCACUUGAUGUUGUGAGACUUGAUAAUCCUUGCACACCUCUGGGUUAUUUGAAUUGAUUGGAUGAAUGAUAUAUUGUAUCCUAUGAUUUGAG